CAAAGAUGCUCAGAGUAUUCUUGAUUCAGUGCAGUUUCCUUCAGACACUCCAGCCAGCUCUACUACUCUGCGUGACAUCAAACUUGCUGCUGCUCCAAAGUCUUUAAGAAGAACCCUGAUAGAACAAGGUGAUGGUAGUAGUGAAGUUAGAAGUGCAGCUGCUAUUGAAAUACAAAGAGCAUGGAGAGGAUACUGGGCCAGGUGUCGUGUGUUUGCUAUCGUCAAUCCUCGUGUAAGUCGGCAAGCUAACCCAAAUCAGAGUAGAGUCAGAAUGGUACCAUCACCAAUGGCUGAAAAUGAGAAUACAAUGUCACGGUUAGAAUGGUGUUAUCACAGAUACUAUACUGUUAGAGUUCAGUCUGGAGAAAAUGACAUAGCAUCAUUUGAAGAUUUCUGUGCCAAUUAUAUCCAAAACUGGUGGUUCAGAGUGAAAAAAGGGAAGCGAGUAACUCCGUCCAGAUCAUCAUUUAAAUCAUCCAAGACUGUGCCACGAAGCAUGAAAGCUGUGAGAAUUUUGCAACGCCAGAGUUCACAUCACAGUGCAUCAUCUAAAGCAUCAUCCAAAGCAUCUACAGUGAAAUCAGUGAAGAAAGUGAGAACUGAACCACUGGGUAGAAUGGAAGCUGCUGUGAUUAUACAGAGAGGAUGGAGGCGACAUAUUGAUGUUCAAGUUUAUAAAUAUUAUAGAGAUUUAAUCAAUUUCCGUAACCGUGGUGAUCCAGCAAUGAUGUUAAGAUGUGUUAACCCUAAGGAAACCCCCCUGUUAGAUGCAGCAAGUGGUGUACAUGUGAAAUUCAGACUUGCCGGGGAGAGAUUUCCACCAAAUAUAUAUUACAAGAUAUUUACACACAGACCAAUACAAGAUCUUUGUGCAAAUAGUCCUAAAGAUUAUACCAGACCUGAAGCCAAACUGAAAAUGAUGAAAGAUGUACACAAUAAACAUGAUAAAAGGAUUACAAAUGUGAAAGUUGGAUGGUAUCAGAGAAUGGACAAUAACGGGUGGAGAUUGGUAUCUGACAGGUUAUUACAGAGAAUUGAUUCAGACCCAAUAACAUGGGAAAGCUCACACAGAAAAAUCAACUUCCAUCAUGAUAAAUUGAAAAGACGACAAGAUGUUGAGAAAAAAAGGAAACGAAGAAAAGUUGAUUGGAUGAAGAAGAUGUAUCGAGAAGGGAUGCUAAAAGCCAAAAGUGAUGACAAAGAGACCAUUUCCCUGAUAGAGGGCGCUGCACAGGGAAUGGUAGAAACUAUUGAAGCUGAGGGACCAGAUGUUAUUGAAGAAUGGGAAGUUGAUGAGUUGCUGGAUUGGACCAAUGCAUUAAAUUUUGAUGAUUAUCUAACAGCAUGGAAGGAAGUUGCAACGAGUGCUAACUCUGAAGCUACUGCUGAGGAGGCGCUGACACUUGCAACAAAUAAACGUGAUCCUUUUCAAAUCACGAUAACAGCUGGUAGGACACCACCUAUUGCACCAUCUCCAUCAAGGGCUACAACUAUUCCAUCCGCUGCACAUGUUAGUAGACCAUCUCCUGUAUCACAAUUAUCAACUAGGUAACUGUAAGGAUAGGUGUGUCACAUCAGUACCAAUACAUCAAUGGUAAUAAUGUAUAUACAGCUCUUCAAGGACAAUAUUCUCAAUCACAUGCGUCACAGCAAAACUAGUAUAAUAGAUGAGGAUGCUUGGUCUCAGUCAGCUAUCUAUCUCCGAAGGUGUCUUUUGUUGCAAUAAACUUUCCAUCCUGUCAUAUCACAGAUUGCAUUUAUAACAAACCUAAUGUGUUGUAAUAUUUUGUAACACUCAUAAUUUUAUUUGAACAAAGAUUUUUUUUUAUUUUUGAAAUGAUGUUGUGAAUGAAUUUUAUUAUGCAGAUUGUGUGAUUUUAUUAAAUAAGUAAAGCAAA